AUGGCCCCUGUGGCGCAACCACACCUGCCUAUACCCCUGUGGUCGCCGGUGCCUCAUGGAGGGCUCUUGGGGCACUACAACCACUGGGAGGGCCCCUGGGACGACCACGGUAGGUACCCCGCCCCUGCGAGGGUCCCUGGAGUCGCCAUCACCCUAGAGAGGGCCCCUGGGGUCGCCACCGACCCAGGGGCCCCUGGUGGCGCCGCCGCCCCUGCAAGGAACCCUGGAUUAACCGAGGUCCCUGGGAGGGCCCAUGAGGCCACCACCGCCCAUGCGAAGGCCCCUAGGUGCGUCGCUUCACCUGGGAGGGCCAUUGGAGUCGCCGUUGCCACAGGGAGGUCUCCUAGGGGUGUUGCAGCCCCUGGUGCGGCUCCUCAAGUCUUCAUCGCCCCUGAGAGAGCCCCUGGGGUCGGUACAGCCGCUGCAGUUGCUAUUGCCCUUGACCUGCCCACUGGGGUCCCUGUCUCUGUAGGGCCCUUGAGGGCCCCUGGUGGCGCUGCCGCCCUUGGAACCUGGAUUAACCCGAGAUCCUGGGAGGGCCCAUGGAGCCACCACCACCGCCCACAGGGGCCCCUAGGUGCGUCGCCUUCACCUCAGGAGGGCCAUUGGAGUCCUUGGGUGCCACAGGAGAGUCUCUGGGGUGGUACUUUGGGAAUCCUAGUGCGGCUCCUGAGUCGUCACGCCUAG